AUGAUCGGGUCGCCGGAUGGGACCUUGUUGGAGGGCGAUCUUUCGUUAGACGCACGGCUGGAUGCACUUAUCGCGACCGAGCAAGAAGGUGCACCCUUACCAGUCUUUGGACUAGACGAACAGAUUGCGAACAAUAUGAUCGAGAAUUGCAUUGGCACGAUGGGGCUGCCAUUGGGCCUAGCCUUCAACUUUUCGAUCAACGGCUCGCCGCUUGUGAUUCCCAUGGCCAUCGAAGAGCCUUCAGUUGUGGCUGCAGUCUCGAGCGCAGCCAAGACCAUCUCGACCUAUCAAGGGUUCCAGGCUUGGGCGCCCGAACGUAAUAUGAUCGUCGCACAAGUACAGUUAAUAGAUAUUCAGGACAAUGACAUGGACCAGGUUAUGGCCAGGAUGCAGCAUCGGGAGAAAGUCAUUCGGGAGGAGGCGAAUGAGUACUGUACGAACAUGGUACUUCGCGGCGGAGGCGUCCAGAAAGUAACCUUCCAUCGAGUCCGCAGACAUGCCAGUCGGGAAAGCUUUCAAGGGCAGGAUUUGUUAGUCAAGUAUGGGGUUGUAUCGGCCUCUACUCUUCCGAAAAGGACGGAGAGAGGAAUUACCUCGCAGGGACGGUGUUCAGAAUGGCUGGUGGUGCAUUUGCAUAUUGAUGUUGGAGAUGCAAUGGGCGCCAAUUGUGCAAAUACGGUCGCGGAAGGGGUGGCACCGUUCUUGUCGAAAUUAAGUGGAGGUCGAGUUGGAGUCCGGAUCCUCAGUAAUCUGAACGUUGAUCGUAUCGCCAAGUCGAUGUUCCGUUUGCCGUUCUCGCAUAUGGGCUACAAAUCUUUGUCGGGCAAGGACGUUGCUGUCCGGAUCCUGGAGGCCUAUGAGUGGGCAGAUCUCGACCCUUAUCGUGCAGCGACCCACAACAAAGGGAUUAUGAAUGGUAUUGAUGCGGUCGCAUUGGCGACGGGACAGGAUUGGAGGGCUGUUGAGGCAGGAGCGCAUGCGUGGGCCAGCGGUGCGGGCACCUAUUCAGAACGGUCCACAGAUGCCUUCUCAUCACCGUUGUUAUCUUCAUCUGCGAACUCGCCUGCGUCUGGAAGAGCGGCCUUCUCGUCGAAUGGGACCAAUGAAAACGAUAGCCAUACGACAGCUCGGAAGAGACAGUUUGGCAAGGAUGGCGAUGGCGAUCAGCAAAGCAGGAUCUCUCGGGGUGAUGCAUACAAGCCCUUGACAAGAUAUUGGAUUGAGGAGGACGCGGAGCGAUUGAGGCAGGGGUAUAAGGGUCAGGAUGCACUGGUGUUCUGUGGAGAACUCGAGAUACCCAUCAUGGUUGGGACCAAAGGAGGCGUUUUGAGCACGAACCCCGUCCAUGCUUUCACUCUUGGAGUGAUGCGAUACCCCGACUCAAAGCAGCUCGCCAUGGCAAUGGUGACGGUGGGGUUGGCACAAAACUUUGCGGCACUACGUGCGCUGGUAACUGAGGGUAUCCAACGCGGACAUAUGGCCUUGCAUGCGAGGAAUAUCGCCAUCUCUGCGGGUACGCCCCCUGACUCAGUUGACGAGGUCACGGCCUAUAUGAUCGAUACAGGAAAGAUCCGACUUAGUGCUGCAAGGUUGUAUAUUGAACAACGUCGUCUUGCGCUGUAUACUGCAGGAACUGGCAUCGGGAUCGGGAUGAGCGUUACUGCUGCGAAUACUAGCAGUGUUAAUCUUGGAAGCGAAGGCACGAGUGCAGCGACGAAUGGUAUGGAUGGUAUGAACGGCACGAAUCAUGGCAGUAGUAUCCAUCAUGGCCCCAGUAGCGAUGGAGUAAUUUCAGAUGCACAAGCAACCGAGAGAUCACAUUAG